AUGUACAAUAACUUGGCCAUUUGGCAUGGGGAAAAAUAUAUGAAGAGAUUAGACAAAGUCAGGGGAAAGUAUCUUUUCUAUAUUUUUGUUCUUGCUCUGCAAAAAUUUGAGGCAGAGAUAUCAGGACCUCCUGGUAUUGGUUCAGUGCCUCCUCUGCAGCCUCCACCAGCACCUCCCAGAGGGGUAAUAGGGGCAAAGACAUACACACAGGUCCAGCAGCGUCUCCAGCAGCAGCACCCAGAGCCACCAGGGACAGGUGGUCCUCCUGGAAUGGGUGGCCCACCUGGCCCUCCUCAUGGUCCCCCAACUCUUCCCCCAGUCCCAGGGGGGCCAAAUAGCAACAAUGCUGUUCCACCUUUACCACCGCCUCCCCCGCCACCAGGGUACAUUGGUCCACAGAUGCCAGGCGGGAACAGCGGCAUGCCUCAGCAACAGCAGUCACGGCCACCGCCUCCUCCUCCUCCUGGCUUCAUUCCCCCACAACUCAACCGACAGCAUGUGCAUAAUAAUAUGAUGAAUGAUGGGCAUCAGAUGGGUCACAUGAUGGGUGGUGGCCCUCCUGGAUAUAUGAGGCCUCCAGGACCACCUGGCCACCCUGGGCACCCAGGUCCACCAGGGCCACAUAGCUAUGGCCCACCAGGGGGCCCACCUGGCCCUCCAGGUCAUGGUCCUCCAAAUCCUGGUCCACCUCGACCUCCAGGACCAGCUGGCCAUGUGCCCUCUGGACCCCCAGGCAUGGGGCCCAUGAUUCCUCCUGGCCCCCCUGUCUCUCAUGGCUCACACAUGCCGCCGGGCUCCUCUGGGCCCUCUCCCCAGACUUUUGGGCCUCCAGGCUCCCAAGGCCCUCCUCAAGGACCCCCACAUGGGCCACCAGGCCCACCCCUUCGAGGGCCUCAUCCCCCACCUCCUCCCCCGCCUGGCAUGUUGGCGUCACAACAGCUCCAUGGGGCACCAGUGGCUGCUGCUCCCUUUGUCCCAGCUGUUAUCUCAAAACCUCCAACUGUUAUCAGUUCGGCUCCCAAGCUAUACACAUCCCAACCCUCCAAAAAUGAGGCCAAGCAAGCCGAAGUGCCAGCUGCUGGUCCUACCCCACAGAUGGUCACUGUGAUGCCAGAUGGACCACCUGAACCCAAGAGGAAGAAGCUUAACCCAGAUAUGAAUAUGAUGACUGCUGCGCAAGCCAAUCAGCAGCUGACCCAUGCUCAGGAGAUGGCUGAGAAGAAAUGA